CACCUACCCUGGAGCCGGCAAGGGGACAAGAAUGCUCGCACUUCCAAGCACUUCACACAAAGGGCAAGCUGGACAGCAAGGCGGGUAUCUGGGGCCUGGGCUCUCGGAUCGGGAGCGACAAGGAAGUGGUGCUGAGGGCCAGGACCUCGCCUCACAAUUUAACCUUUGGAUCACGUCACCGCCUGGUGAGGGCGGCUGAGCAAGGCGAGGAACAUCUUCAUAUGGGCUGACCUGCCUGUGCCAAGACUAGGAUGGCCAUUUGGAGAUGUUUUGCUCCAUGGGGCUCCAGGAUCAAGGGGUUCCAGGGCUCAGGGCAAGAAGAGGAAGAGCAACUGAGUCUCCCAGGGUCCAAGAAAGGGACUUUGUGCAGCUGCCUGUGCCCAUCAUCCAGCAGCUCUACCACUGGGACUGCGGCCUAGCCUGCUCUAGGAUGGUGCUUCGAUACCUGGGCCAGCUGGACGAUGGAGAGUUUGAGAGUGCCCUGCAGGAGCUGCGCCUAACCAGAAGUAUCUGGACCAUUGAUCUGGCCUACUUGAUGCGCCACUUUGGUGUGAGGCACCGCUUCUGUACCCAGACCCUGGGCGUCGACAAGGGUUAUAAAAACCAGUCCUUCUAUAGGAAGCACUUUGAUACAGAGGAAACCCGGGUGAACCAGCUGUUUGCAGAAGCUAAGGCCUGCAAGGUGCUCGUGGAAAAAUGCACAGUGAGUGUGCAGGACAUCCAGGCGCAUCUGGCACAGGGCCAUGUGGCCAUCGUGCUCGUGAACUCAGGGGUGCUACACUGCGACCUGUGCUCUAGCCCCGUCAAGUACUGCUGCUUUGCACCCCGUGGCCAUCGCUGCUUCUGCCGUACCCCUGACUACCAGGGCCACUUCAUUGUUCUGCGUGGUUACAACAGGGCCACCGGCUGUAUUUUCUACAACAACCCAGCCUAUGCUGACCCAGGAAUGUGCAGCACCAGUGUCAGUAACUUUGAGGAGGCCAGAACCAGCUACGGCACAGAUGAGGACAUUCUCUUUGUCUACCUGGACAGCUGACAGCAGGAGCCUGUUGUGCCCAGAUCCUUGGACCCCAACUUCAGCCAGCCUAAUCAGUAUGCCCAAGUUGGGGGCUGCUGGGACUGGAAUGCAGCACUGCAGCUUCAGCCUGUCUGACAAGGCUCUGUGGAACUCUGGGAACUGGCUUAGCUGCUUUGUCAGCUAGUGCUAUAUGUUGUCAUUUACCCCAAGUAUCUGCUGGCUCCUGAAGGCUUCUCCAGAGUUCUGAGGGGAGUCUCCCCCAGGAUGACAAGCCUGACUCCAACAAUGCCCAUUGGAAGUCCAGCUUCAAGGAUGCCCUUGUUGUCUUCUAGCCAGACCCAAGGUGAGGGGAGAGGCCUGAGGCAGUGUUCCCAUAGACCUAAGGACUGAGUCUUGGAGAGAGAAGUCACUUAUCUGAUGCUACUCAUCAGGACAGCAUCUGCAUGUUUGGAAAGUGUAGCUGAAUUCAUGUCCCUGGAGCUGGACUGGAAGUGCUACAGAGCCCCCUAUAACCCAUGGUAGAUGCCAUUACUACCACCUCCUGCCUUCCAGUGGGCCCAAGUAUCUGACUGGUUAUGAGGCCACUGGCCCCUAUCAUGCAGUGUAGACACCUCAUAGCCACUUGGCUCUGUAGGGAGGAAGGCCCUAGGGAGUGUGCUGGACACCAGCAGAGAGUGUACCCCAGGAAUAAACAGCUACCUGGAUCCCAAAGAGCCCUCCUCACCCAUGAGGCCUCCUGACACCAGCCUAAAUCCCAAAAGGAGGGACCAUUUGUCCUCUGGGUGUGGGCAACCCCAGGUCUGUCGGAGCUGGGUGGUAGAGCCUCUUGUUGUGAAGCAACGGGCAGGGGACAGUCUGUAGUCUCCAACCCACACUGGUUUUCAUGCCAGGACCUUUUGCACAGAAUGUUGGAUCUCUUCUGUCUUGACAGAGAAUGGUGAUGACUGCCCAGGAUCACACAGCACAGCAAGCAGCAUUGACUGGAGCUGGUUUCUUCCUUCCUUAUUUCCUUCUUUCCUCCCCUCACCCCUUUUUAAAUUUUUGUUGUUGUUGGGA